AUGUGUAACGCACCGUCUUACUGUGACCUAGGAAAGGCUGCCAAGGAUGUCUUCAACAAAGGAUAUGGGUUUGGCAUGGUCAAAAUUGACCUGAAAACCAAGUCUUGUAGUGGAGUGGAAUUUUCUACAUCUGGUCAUGCUUACACUGAUACAGGGAAAGCGUCAGGCAACCUAGAGACCAAAUAUAAGGUCUGUAACUAUGGACUUACCUUUACCCAAAAAUGGAACACAGACAAUACUCUUGGGACAGAAAUCUCUUUGGAGAAUAAGUUGGCUGAAGGGUUGAAACUGACUCUUGACACCAUAUUUGUACCAAACACAGGAAAGAAGAGUGGAAAGUUGAAGGCCUCCUAUAAACGGGAUUGUUUCAGUCUUGGCAGUAAUGUUGAUAUAGAUUUUUCUGGACCAACCAUCUAUGGCUGGGCUGUGUUGGCCUUUGAAGGUUGGCUUGCUGGCUAUCAGAUGAGUUUUGACACAGCCAAAUCCAAACUGUCACAGAAUAAUUUCGCCUUGGGUUAUAAGGCUGCAGACUUCCAGCUGCACACUCACGUGAAUGAUGGCACUGAAUUUGGAGGUUCUAUCUACCAGAAAGUAAAUGAGAAGAUUGAAACGUCAAUAAACCUUGCUUGGACAGCUGGCAGUAACAACACGCGUUUUGGCAUUGCUGCUAAAUACAAGCUGGACUGUAGAACUUCUCUCUCUGCUAAAGUAAAUAAUGCCAGCCUGAUUGGACUUGGUUAUACUCAGACUCUUCGACCAGGAGUCAAACUGACCCUAUCAGCUUUAAUUGAUGGAAAGAACUUCAGUGCAGGAGGUCACAAAGUUGGGCUGGGAUUUGAACUAGAAGCUUAAUGUGGUUCUGAGUGAAGCAUCAUAUUUGACCUUGAAAGUGAAGAGAAAUGAAUCCACUAUGUUCUGGCCUUAAAAUUCCUCUGUGAAAUUCAAAAGUGUGAACUUUUUAUUCUUCCAAAGAAUUGUACUCCUCCCCAUACUGAAGCCUAGAGAUUGCAAGGCCAUCCUAAGGGAGGUCCUUGAAGGCAUGCAUGGAAGUUGUCAUGUUUGUGCCACAUUUCAGU